CAAAUUACAAAAGCGACUUUGUUUAUCAGGAUCUCGCUUUAGAAUUGAUCGCCCGACUCCUAUUUUAACUGCGAAGAAUCGCAGACAGGCGAAUUGUAGAGAAACAGCCUACAGUACCCCUCUUCCCAUACGCAAAAACCCGAGCUUUCUCGUUUUCAAAUUCAAGACCAUUCAAAAUUCCAAAGUGCCCGGAGAAAACAAACCCUUGGAAUUAGGGUUUCAGUUGCUGGAAUGUCGUCGGAGAAUAAGAAAGCAUCGGAGGGCAUAGCUUUGCUGUCGAUGUCGAUAUACGGGGACGAAGACGAUGACAUGGACGACCUCGAUUUAGAGAUAGAAAAUCCUCGCGAAGAGGAUGUUAUUCCCCAUCCGCCAUCAGAUGGCGUCUCCGUGAAAGAUAACGAUGUUAUUGCUGGUGAUUUCGGCCAUGGAAAUAUGCAGCGGCCACAAGAAGCUGACGAUGAGCUUGUAUUGAUUUUCCGUGAAUUAGGGCCAAUUAAUCAGUCUGAAUCAGAUGCUUUGAGUUGUGCUGUAAGAGGAUCAGAAUCGGGAGGGACUGUUGAUUCUGUUAUGGUCUCUGUUGAAGACAGGAAAGAUGUCGACCCGUUGGACAAAUUUCUUCCUCCGCCUCCAAAAGCCAAAUGCUCACAAGAUUUGCAAGCGAAGAUAAGCAGGGUUGUUGCGCUGAAGAAGACUAGUGGAAGAAGCUUCAAUUCUGAGGUGCGGAAUAGAAAGGAAUAUCGGAACCCGGACUUCUUGCUGCAUUCCGUAACUUACCAAAAUAUUGAUCAGAUAGGAUCAAAGUAUGGGGAUGCUUCUGGUCAGUUGGUCAAUUUGGAUAAAUCUUCUGUCUUUUUUUCCAAAAAUGCUUCUGAAGAGCUUCAAUCUGAUAUCUGCUAUGUGUUGAAUGUGAUCUCUAGAGUUAAAUCUUCCAAAUACUUGAGUCUCCCCCUAGGCUCCCUGUAUCUGUUUGUCACAAUAUUUGCAGGGAAAUUGCUAAAUUUUGGUGGGGCUCUGGUACAUCUGAGAAAAAGCAGCAAAAAAUUCAUUGGUGUGGGUGGGAUGUUUUGUCUAGGUCUAAAGAGUUUGGUGGUAUGGGGUUUAGGAACUUUAAGGUUGUUGAAGGGUAAAUAUUUCUGGAACAAGAAAAUCUUUGAGGUGUCUGCUAGAAGUUCUGACUCUUGGCUUUGGAAGAGUUGGCUUCAUGCUAGAAAAUCUCUAAAAUUGGGGCUGAGAUAUGUGGUUGGUAAUGGAAAGUCUAUAGAUGUGUGGGAGUCUCCUUGGUUACCUCAUCCAUCUAGAUUCUGCCCUACUGUCCAGUUUGCUAGUGAUAGGAUGAGAUUAAAAAAAGUUUGUGAGCUGUUUAAGAGUAAUAAAAUUGAGUGGGAUGAGGAGCUAGUGAACCAAACUUUUUCCCCUGAAGAAGCUGAGAUUAUCUUAACAAUUCCUAUCAGCCAUGCAGAUGCUCAUGACAGGUUGAUCUGGCACUGGCACCCUAACGGAUUGUUUUGUGUAAAAGAAGUAUACAAAGUACUUCUUGAGCAACAUAGACAGUCCCAGGGAAUGGCCAGCUCCAGUGCAGACCCAAGGAUAAUGCAAGCAAUUUGGAAAAAGACUUGGAAGCUGCCAGUGAAGUGGGUAGAAGAUUUAGAACAUAUCCUAUUCAAUUGUCAAAGAGCUGUGACCUGCUGGAAGCUGAGUGGGUUAAGUUGGAUGCAUUUUGAUAGAUCUAAGAUUGUGUUUAAGGAUUGGUGGGUGGACAUAUGCACUGGAAGGACAGAGAAUUAUAUUGAGGAUAGAGUUAAUCUUUCAACCUACCUACUCUGGUGGUUGUGGAGAACAAGAAAUAGUUGGAUAUUUGAAAAUAAGAGAGUUUCUGAGAAGGACAUUGUUGAUGGGGCAAGGAGGGAAUGA